UUAACAGCCAAAGUUUCCAGAACGCAGGAAAGUUCGUAGGAGAGGUGACCCGUGAUUCUAACAAGAGUUUUCUUCUCACGUUACCAUCGGGUUCGGAGUCCUAUACUCCGGACUGGGGACACUGCGUUUCUGCUAAAUGUUUCAUGGACGGUUUGAAUAGAUUAUCUCUAACGGAAUACUUGAGAGCCUGGAAUUUAGUCUACGGUUCGCUGCCUGUUCUGCAGUUUCAAUGAGCUAUCGGCUAUUUUAUCACAGUGAGUAGGCUGAACGCGAUACGCUGUAUUUUUGUUGCAUAGCCUACUUUUGUAAAGGUGUGAGUCUGUUAGAAUGAAUUGCCGCUUUUGGUAUUAUGUCAUGUAGUCUGGGGUGUUUUUAGAACUAUGAAUGAGCCCAGUGACAAGGAUUUAAUACCGAUAUCUCGGAAACACCGACUCAUGGCUGCUGUCAUGCCCGGGGACGAGAGCCCAUUGUACAGCAACACUUCCAGGGCUGAUCGGAAUGGGAUAGGAUUAGUUCACUGUUUUAUUUGUGGAAGCGGCGUUUCGCCAGGAAAAGAAUUGAGAUUACAAGUGAAAUAUCCGAAAGAGAACGGUCCGUUUUUCCCGUUUUUACAAAACCAGGAGCCAGCGCCGGGGGCAUGUGAAGUCAGCCCGGAUGGACACGCUACGGUGUGCGCCGUGUGCCACUGUUUUCUGGGGGAGCAGUGGAAGUCGUUCGAGCGGACUAGGACACCCAUAGAGAAGCGUAUGUACUGGCUGAAGAGGCCGUACCAGUGCGACUCUCGGCGGAUACCACAGGAGUGGAACAUCUCCUAUGACCUGGAGCGGAGAAUCAGUGUCAGCAGCCAGAAUUACGACGGGAACGAGUCGGAUUUCUCCUCUUUCUCGGAAAAUGAGAACAUGUCAGACCAAGAACUGGAUUUAGUAGACCGCGCCGGUGUCAGCAAGGAGAAGUAUAGAACAUCUGGCAGCAGCAGCAAAACUCCGAGAAACGGUAGCAGGAAGAACAACAACAGUGUUAAAAACAGCCCUGACUCUGAACGGGCUAUCCGCUAUCCGGUGGGUGUUUACCAGGCACAGGACUCGCCGAAAUCGGAUAGUGCCAUGCCGCCCAGGCGCGGUGCUAAAAUUAUGAAUAAUCUCUCUCAGUCAUCAGUAUCUCUGGCCCAAGAGAUUGUGUCCCAGAGAUGCUAUGACAGCUCUCACAUCGACACACCUGUGCAGGACAACGGGAUCAUUAUGCGCAACAGGCAGUGGCUAGCGGAGGGGAAUGUCAGACACGCUGACCCGCGCCCUCUCCAACGCGCUGCUGACAGCAGCUGUAGCUUAACCAGGCAUCCCUCCCUCAUAUUCCACCAGAAAGGAGAGGAUCUCGCUGACGCUGCCGACGGACUAUCACCCAUUGGCGCCGCUGUCACCUCUAGGCGCGACACAGCAGCAUCUAGAGAACGUGUUCCGGGCAAGUUUAUAGCCUCUGACAACUCUGACAACGACCACGAGAUCAAUAUAACCAGUGACGACAACCGCCAGGUGUUUGAAGCAGCUGGCAGCAGCAGAGAGAGGGUAUUGGCCCUGCUGAGACCACCCAGGGACGCUGCCGGGAGGGUCAUUGCCAUGCCCCAGAGUGGUGCCAGUGGUGGUGCCAACAGGAGUACCAGUCCCGAGGAUUGUGUGUGUUACAUCUGUGGCAGCGGGAUGUGGCAGGGCGGGAGGUUCCGUGUGUCUGUGCAGAAGCAGGAGAGGGCAGCCAGCGAGCCCUUCUUCCCCUUCCUGUGGUUACACAGCCCUCCCCCUGGCGCCAUGCCCCUCACCCCGGGGGGCACCACCCUGGUCUGUGCCAGCUGCCACACAUCCCUAAUGCAGCAGUGGCAGGGCUUCCAGCUGGCCGACGUGCCCGUUCUCCAGCGCCUCUACAUGGUCCCCCUCAACCAGGGCUCCUCCACCCCUGCACCAGCCUCGGGUCACCCUCCCUGCAUCACUCCCCGGGAAAGGAACCCCUCAGAGCCCCUGGACUGCCUACCUAAGUCUCAGGCUUCCUGUGAGGCCUGUUUCCUCUGUGGCCAGGAGUGCGGGCGGGAUGUGAGGGUGGCAUAUGCACGGGUCGGCGUGGGCAAAGCCCGCGGUGCCAUGUAUUUCCCCUUCAUCAACCUGCUGCCGUGCCCGCCUGGUGCCCAGGGAGUGAGGAACGGCCGGGUGCACUGCUGUCCUCCAUGCCACGCCAUCCUGGAGGAGAUCUGGGGGGCGUACCGCCUCAGCCUCAGUGAGGACCUCAUCACCUCUGUCACCUCCUUCCUGGGGAGGUAUCACACAGCGCUGGCCACGGGUGGAGCUGGACUGGCCCAUUCCCAAAAGGGGGUGUCCUCCUCUUCCUCUGGCCAUGGUGGGUCUGUAUCAGUGUGUUACCUGUGUGGGACAGAGCUAGGGGUCGGGGGGGAGUUCCAACUCCAUGUCAACCCACCCGGGCGCUGUGGAGAGAGAGAACCCUUCUUUCCCUUCCUCACCAUCCACCCACCCGCUCCCCGCGCCAAACCUGCCGACGCCACCGGCCUGGUGUCAGCAUGUGCCCUCUGCUAUCACGACCUGCAUGCCCAGUGGGCUCAACAUGAGAGCCAGGGUUCUGCCACCCCCAGCUCUACAACCCCAGGCCCAGCCUCCUCCACCCCCCAGCCGGCCAGCUCUCCCUGGGCCAGACAGUACAGCUGCGAGGCCUUUGUGUGCUUCUUCUGCAGACAGGAGCAGAGGCGUCAGGGGGGGCUGUGUGCUGUCACAGUGGCCAGGCUGCCUGUGUUCCUGUACGCCCCUCGCGGGCACCGCACCCUCCUGGUGGAUGAUGGGAGGAAGCUGGUGAUUGGCUCGUGUGUGGAAUGUAAGUCCAUGGUGCUGGCAGGACAGAGCAUGCAGCAGGAGAGAGACAGAGACAGGGACGGAGAGGGACAGGGAGACGGGAGGACAGAGUCACCUCCCCCUACAUCACGCCCCAGACACAAGACAUCCAGUGUGAUUGAGGGCGUGGCCAGAGUCAGCAAGGAGGCGGAUUCUGCCGUACGUGCAUCAGCAGUGAGCGAAUCACAAUCAACGGAACCUGGGGUUGGCCACACCCCUUCUCUACCCCCCACCCUGGAGCCAGAGAGAGGAGACCGCCCACCUUCCAGCAUGAGCCAUGAGCCAAAGUCACCUUCCUUAGGAAUGAUAUCCACGGCAACUCGCACCACGGCGACGGUCAGCCCCCUCACCCCGUCGCCCCUUAAUGGAUCUAUCGUAGCCAAUGGGAGCCCGGCGGCCCAGUCUGCACACUCCGGAUUCGCCGCCGCCCUCCGUAAACUGGCCAAACAGGCCGAGGAUCCUCGAGCUGGCUCGUCCAUCAGUAGUGAGUCGUCUCCGGUCUCGUCCCCAGCCACCAACCACAGUUCUCCGGUGAGCACACCCAAGAGAGGCCCCCUGGGCCCAGGGCCUGUCCUGGUGCCACCUGGGGGCCACAGUGUGCCAAGCACCCCGCCCGUCGUCACCAUCGCCCCCACCAAGACCAGCAACGGCCUCUGGAGGAGCGAGGCACGCCAGGCUGACUCGGGCCCUCGUGGGGUCAGUAGGGAGCGUCUGGGAGCAGAGGCGCCCCACCAGCAGGAGAAAGGUGGCCCCUCAGUCCCUGCUCACCUCAUAGGAAACCCCUAUGCCUUUGGCCUGAGCCCCGGUGCUGUCAUGCAGGACGCACGCUUCCAGCCCCUCAAUCUGCCCAGGCAGCUGCCCCAUGGAGUGCCCCCUGGUGGUGUACCAGAGGAGUACCUGCGGGGGUUCCGCCCCUACGCCACGGCCGAGGACCUCCGCAUGUCUUCUGGACUGCCCCUGGGCCUGGACCCCGCCACCGCCGCCGCAGCCGCCGCCUACUACCAUCCCUCCUACCUGCCACAUCCCUCCUUCGCCCCCUACAGGAUGGAUGAUCCAUUCUGUCUAUCAGCUCUGAGGUCACCGUUCUACCAUCUCCAAGGAGGGGGAGGCCUGCCCCCCCUGCACCCCUCUGCUGUCCACAUGCACCUGCAGGGGGUCCGCUACCCUGGGGACCUCACACAUGCCUCACUGUCCGCUCUGCAGUCUGAGAGACUGUCUGAAAGGCUCCAGAUGGAAGAUGAGCUCCGACAGCGAGAGAGGGAGCGCGAGCGUGAACGAGAGCGCGAGAAAGAGAGGGAGCGUGAGGCGGAGCGAGAGAAGGAGCGGGAGAGAGAAAGAGAGAGGGAGCGAGAAAGAGAGAAGGAGCUGGAGCGGGAGAGAGAGCGUGAGCGGGAGAGGGAGCGAGAGAGAGAGAAGGAGCGAGAGAGAGAGAGGGAGAUGGAGAGGCAGAAGGAGAGGCAGAAGGAGAGAGUGAUGAGAGAGAAGGAGCUACAGUCCAAGGCGAUGGAGAGUCACUACCUGGCUGAGCUCCAUGCCAUGAGAGGACAGGAGGACAGAACCAAGCCUGAGAGACUCACCCCCAACCGGCCAGACAAAACCAAAGAGCCCGUCCUCCAAGCUCCUAAGCCAAUGCCACCAGGCCUCCACUCCUCCCUGAGCCAAUCACAUCACGGCGUUCCCGGCCUGGUCUCUGCCCAUGGCCUCUACCUGGGGCCCGGCGGUGUGGGGGUGGGGCUCACUGCCGCCAUGAUGCUCCAGCGGACCAAUGAGGAAGAGCGCUGGUUGGCGCGGCAACGGAUGCUUCGCCAGGAGAAGGAGGAUCGUCAGUACCAGGUGUCAGAGUUCAGACAGCAGGUCCUAGAGCAACACCUGGACUUGGGACGACCUGGGGAGGGAGGAGAGCUACGCUCAGACACACACAGAUCCAUACCAAAUCAUCAUGAACCGGGUGGCCGUGACCUCCACCCCCACCUGGGCGCCCCUCCCCCUCAUCUCUCCCAAACCCCUCCAGUCGCGCGACCACCCCCACCCCCUCCCCCACCACCCUGUGGAACCCCGCCUCCCUCAUCGAUACCGCCUCGGGACUCACGACGCACCACCCACCAUGACCUUCCGGGCUUGGGCCACUACGACCUCAGCCACUUGCCUCCCAAACUGGAGGAUGGGCUCCGGAGGGGCAGGGACCGGGAUGGGGGCCUGGAGAAGUACCACCCCCCACUCCGAGGCCCCCCGGGGCUGCCUGAGCCCAGCACCUUCCUGGCAGAGCUGGAGAAAUCAACCCAGACCUUCUUCAGCCAGCAGAGGGCCUCGCUGUCCCUGCCCAGCCAGUACGGAGAGCUGGGGGGAGGGAUGAAGAGCAGCGGGGCCCUGAAGAGCCUCCAGGGUCCCUCAGGGAUGGGGAGACAAAGCCAGGCCCAGGGACACAGUCUGGGCCAGGGAAUGGGGCCUGAGUCUGGCCUAAUGUAUGAUGAGUUUCUCCAGCAGCACCGUAGGCCUGUCAGUAAACUGGACCUGGAGGAGAGGAGGAGGAGAGAGGCCAGGGAAAAAGGUUACUACUAUGAGCUGGAUGACUCGUAUGAUGAGAGUGAUGAGGAGGAGGUCAGGGCCCACCUCAGGAGGGUAGCAGGGCAGCCCCCUCUCAAACUGGACGACUCUACAGAGAAAGUGGACUUCCUGUGUGUGUUUGGUCUGACCACGGUGUCACGACGUGACCACCUGGUGCAGCAGAAGAGGAGGAAGAGGAGGAGGAUGCUGAGGGAGCGCAGCCCCUCGCCCCCGGCUGUUCUGUCCAAACGCACCCCUCCUCCCCCGGCCCCCCUCAGCACCCACUUCACCCCAGAGGAAAUGGACAGAGCCCCCGAACUGGAAGACAAGAAACGCUUCCUCACCAUGUUCAGCCUGUCCCACGUCUCUGUACAGCAGAGGAGAGAUAAUGAGACAGUGGUAGAGUUGCUUCAGGCCAUUAAACAGAAGAGCGUAACCUUGGAUACCAUCAGACAUGCCCCUCACCCCCUAUGUAAGACCCCCCCAGCACAGAACUCAGAUCCUGCCUCAGCGCUUUCCAGCGAAUCAGAUGAGCCACUCAGUGUCAGUCACUCCUCCCCCAGCGGACUCCUGGGGCAGCCUAAACCCCCCUCCUCCUCUGACGCACUGAGACCAAAGGACCCCCCUCCUCCACUCCCCUACCUGGAAAAGACCCGUGGGCUCCCUGAAGGCCCCCCCUCCAAGAGGAGCUCGUCGUCCAGCCUGCUGAAUAGCCUGCGGCCCUCCGUGCAGCCUAAAGAUGCUCCCCCCAGCCUGAACGGCCGGACCAAGCCCUGGGAGAGCUUUACUGCUGAAGAGUUUUCCCAGCAGUUCCACGAGUCCGUCCUCCAGUCCACACAGAAGGCCCUGCAGAAGCACAAAGGUGGAGCCACAGUGAUCUCAGCGCCCUCUCACCUCCAGGACUCCUCAGUGCACUACAACAUUCCAGAGCUGCAGAGCGCCCCCAGUCGGCCGCCCCCGCCACACACACACCCUCACACACACUCCAUCCAACACCCGCACCCACACUCCAUCCAACACCCACACUCACACGCGCACCCGCUCCCCCAGCCCAAUGGGCAGCACUGCCCCCCGCACCCCCACCGAGAGCCCCCAGGAGCGAGGGAGGAGCAGUCUGCACCAGAGGACUCAGAAGAAGAGGAGGAAGAGGAGGAAGAGGAGGCCCCAGUACCCAGGUGGCAGGGGAUUGAAGCGAUCUUUGAAGCCUAUCAGGAAUACAUUGAAGAGCAAGGUGUGGAGCGCCAGGUGCUGCAGAGCCAGUGUCGGAGACUGGAGAACCAGCACUACAACCUGAGCCUGACAGCAGAGCAGCUCUCCCACAGCAUGGGGGAGUUGAUGUCUCAGAGACAGAAGCUGGCGGUGGAGAGAGAGAAGUUACAGGCAGAGUUGGAGCACUUCAGGAAGUGUCUGACGCUGCCGCAGCCCCACUGGGCCAGGGGAGGGCACUACAAGGGUUACCCCCCCAGGUGACAGCUCCACUGGGCCAGGGGAGGGCACUACAAGGGUUACCCCCCCAGGUGACAGCCCCACUGGGCCAGGGGAGGGCACUACAAGGGUUACCCCCCCAGGUGACAGCUCCACAGGAGAGAGGGAUGGAUUCAUGGAUUCAUUGAUAGAUGGAUGGGGCUGCUGCCAGCCUGCCAGGGACGGUGCCACCAGCCAGUGGUCUGUGAUAACCUUGGGGUCAGAGGGAGCAACAGGCACGUCACACACAGGGCAAAGCUCUAGGAUGGCAUGGUCAACACACACACAAACAUACAGAGGAACACACUCACACCAUUCUCUUCAGCAGGCACCAGUUACUCUCUUACAUUGCAGUCCCAGCCCCAUCCUGGGCUCCCCUCACUCCCCCCACGCCCACACAGACAAUCCUGCAAUCGGAGAGCAGCUCAGCCCUGGAAUGGGUGUGGUCACGUGACAGAGCGCCAUCUACCACCAAUCCAAUGCCCCUACCUCUGGCCAAUCGGACAGGACUGAACCUCCCAGCAUCUCUCCUGGUGGCAGGUCAGGCCAGCUUUCAAACAUGAAAUGCACUUAAAGAGAAAGACCUGAAGAACUACCUGGUGGUACUGUGUUACGACAAAGAACUGUUCAAAUUAGGGAAGAACUUACAAAAUGCACAUUUUGGAAUGAAUAAAGGAAAUGUUUUAUUUCGAGAUGAGAAUAAGAAUUUAAAAGGUGCUUCAGCCUUGUAUUGUAAAUACUAUUAUGACGAAAAAUAAUUUUGUAUGUUUUUAUUACUUUAAUCAUUGUUCUUUUAAGAAGAAGAAAAUAAGCCUGCCAUUUUUUUAUAUGUUCAUGCUUUUUUGGGUGAAACAGAAAGCUUUUAGUGUUUGUUCUGCUGCUGGUCAGGACUGCCCUGUUCAGAGGUGUAGAUUGAAGGAGAAAAGGAGAGGGAGAACAUGCUCCUCUUCUCCUCUUCCCCUUUGACCCAGCAAUGUGUGCUGCCGUAGCAGCAGCCUGAGCUCCAGCCACAGCCCUCCCUCCCCUGGCCUCCAGGCCCCGUAAGGCUCACUGAGAUGGGGGUAAGACCUAACUCCAGGCCCCACAGGCCUCCCAGAUCCACGCACUCCGUCUGAACACCAGCCCCACACAGAACCCCUCCUGUCAGGAACAGCGUGUUUUACCACUCUCCCUGUGUGGGUAGUUACCCAUGGGAAAGAGUGAGUGACAGCUACAGUUACAAUGUCAUCCUUUAUUUCUCUCUCUCCUUUUCCCCCCUUCAGCUCUAGUCCAGGGAUGGGCGCUUAGUAGAACUGUUAACUGAUAACUAGACCCAUCUCUCUGGGCCUUAUCAUUAAGCACAAGGGGCACAACACCCAUUAUGAUGAGACAUUCAUGUCACUAAACCCACAGAGAGGAGGGAACAAUGCAGACAAUACCACGUCAAGAUUAUUCUCCUUUGUGUUUGCCAUAAAAGGAAAUAGUGCCAAAAAGUAGCCCUCCCUCACACAAAAUAUCAUGAGACUUUUAAACCUCAAAAUAGAGUAAUUAAACUAACUCCCUGAAUUGAAAUGGCCAACCCACUAAACAUAUUAUAUUACUACAUUCAUCCCACUUAUCAUAAUGUCAAAGCCCUUGCCAACAAUUGGUUAAUGGACAAUUGUUUUUCACUUGAGGGCCCUCAAAUCCAAAGUCUAUUAAAGGUUCUCUUUUGCCAAGUAUAUGAAUCAUUGCCCUGCACUGCACUGUGCAUCUAUAGUGUGUGUUUUCAAGCCUGCAUCACUGUCCACCUCGCUGCUGGCCAUAGCUGUCUCCUGUGCCUCAGUACCCCUGUUCCCCAGUCUCUCUAUUCCCCUACCUUCCUUCUGUGGGAGUGUCUGGCCUUUUAGCCUUGCAGGAGGACCUCUGGCAGCAUAGAUCGCAAUGCAGCGUUGGUAUUGUAGUGCUCAGUCAGACUUGACAAGGCUUUGAGUAUGUAGUCCUAAAGGGGUUCUGUUUGAACUCCAGUCUGAUGCUGUGGAUGUGAGAUGACAGGGAGGGGAGGGUGGCUGCAGGUCUGGUCCCUACAUCCCUCUUUGCUCCACUCCUGGUGAGCUCUCAGAGGAACACCCAGUUAGGGAGGCGGAAACAUGUUUACAGACCAGAGCAGAGCUACGAUAGGAGCACCACUUGUCAAUCAGACAGCAAGCGCUACCACUGAGUUAAGCAGCCAAUGAGUUAGCGGGAGGACGUUAGGCCCUUCCCCAGAGCCUCCUUACUCUACUUCGCACGCACACGCAAUAGGCCCCUGACUCUAUGGAGGAUGUCUAGACUCUAGAUGCUGUGAAACUCUGAUUUUAAAAUGUACUUGUUUGAAUUAAUUGUAAUGUAAUAUAUUAUUUGUUGAAUGUAGUAAUUAGGUAUUUAUGAAUAUAUUGCUGUAAUUUCAGACAAAAAAAUAAAAGAAAAUAUUUCAAAAAUGUGAA